AUGGUUCUCCCUAAUCUGAAUGAGAACCGAAUGUUGAUGGAGUAUUCCACUCCUACGGUGACAACCUCUCUUUCAUGCAUCGUUUAUUCGCAAAUCGCUGCUAACAAUUUCGAGUUGAAGCCAUCAUUUAUUCAAAUGAUGCCGUCAUUUUAUGGUUUGUCAACCGAAGAUCCCAAUUUGCAUAUCAAUGAAUUUCUUGAGAUUUGUGACACUCUCAAGGUCCAUAAUGUGACGGAUGAAGCCGUUAAAUUGCGUUUGUUCCCUUUUUCACUAAAAGACAAGGCGAAAACUUGGCUCAAAUCCUUUCCACCCAACUCGAUCACAACUUGGAAUGACUUGGCAAGCAAAUUAUUGCAAAAAUUCUUCCUUCCUUCCAAGACUGCUAAGUUGAGGAACGACAUAAUGACUUUUGCUCAAUUCCAUGGCGAGCCCUUUUAUGAGAGUUGGGAGCGAUUUAGAGAUUUGUUGUUGAAGUGCCCACACCAUGGUCUACUAGAAUGGCUGCAACUUCAGAAUUUCUAUCAAGGUUUAAGUACUGAUAACAAGAGGAUGAUAGAUGCUGCUAGUGGGGGUGCUCUAAUGACAAAGACCGUUGACGAAGCUUUUGCACUAUUCAAUACAUUGGCGGCUAAUUCUCAAAGUUGGGGUACCGAUAAAGAAUUACCGAAGAAGGCCGGAGUGCAUAAGACUAAUGCCAUGUUGGCUAUGGCUGCACAAAUUUCUAGUUUAAAUAAAAAGUUUGAUAAUUUGAUGGUUGUUAAAUUUGUGAAAUCAUUUGAUGGUGUUUGUGAAAUUUGUGCAGGUAUACAUUCCAGCAUCGAGUGUCUCAUGAGCAGUUCUUUUCCGAAGUUUAUUCAAGAACAAGCCAAUCAAGUGAACAACUUCAACUGCCAACCGUUUGAUCCAUUUUCAGACAAAUAUAAUCUUGGUUGGCGUCAUUAUCCAAAUUUUGCUUGGAAGAACAAUCAACAGAGUCACGUGAACCCACCUAUACCAUUCUAG